AUGCCUUGCGCAGCCGUCUCGCGCCUCAGUUACAGUUCCUGCACUGACGUAUUUGCGGGUCUUUACAUCGCGUCUACGCGUGCCGCGGAGUUCCCCCUUUUCAACUACACGACAAUGCCACCACCAACGCCGUCACAAUCACCAAAUGGCAGGCUCACUCGUAGUAAGGAGUUGACUCCUUAUCUACGUCGUCUAAUUUUCGACGAGUACAUGAGAGGGCGGCCACCCGCUGUUAUUGCCCGCCGCCAUGGAAAUUCAGAAUCAACCGUGCGAUACACCAUUAAAAUGCAAAGCCCUCGAGGGGUCGAUCAGGCAGCCUUACAGGUGUGCAGAUCUCCGAAAUUAUCAGCACUGAACAUGUGCGCUAUCCUGAAGUGUAUUCGGCGUAAUCCUUUUAUGUCCUACGACGAUAUGCGCCUUGAGAGCGGCAAAUCCGUGUCUGACAAAGUUUUUCUCCGAACCCUUCGUGCAUCUGGCUACGAGCGGAAAGGCAAAAAAUGGAUUCGGAUCACCGACAGAACUGCAGGAAAACUUUAA